UUUGAAGAUUUGAAAACAAAUAAUUGGAUUUUUUUUUUAAAAAGAACUCUAAAAUGUAUAGGGAGCCAGUGAAGGGAUGCCAGGGUAGGAGUUAUGUGCUCCCUCUUACGAGUGUACCAGUCAAGAGGCGAGCAGCAGCAUUCUGGACCCACUGGAGACGCUUAAUGGAGGAUUGGCUGACACCAAAGUCAAGUGUAUUACAGUCGAACCCCCAAAAUGUGACGAAGGCAUGAAUUUCUUUUUCAAAGUGCUCUUGAGAAAGGAAAGGCUUUACCUUAGCAAGCUGCCUAGAAUGAAAGAAGCCGGCGUUAACAACAGCACCAAUUUGCCGGUCCACUUCAAAACCAGUACAUUUGACAUGAAUACCUUUCUUGCCGUCUUAUUCAAAGCCGAGCCUCGAUGAUCAAAUUUCAAAUUGCAUUCCAGUUAGAUGAAGGUGUACCUCAUGUUGUGUCCACUGAGAAUAUUGUUUUGCCAGCUGUUGCCAGAUAAGCAAUGACCCAGUGUUUGUUGUUGUUUUUUUUUUUCUUUGUCUCACUCAGUUUGCGUCCGUGCUUGCGUGUGUGUGGUGGUACAGUUGCACAGAUGUAACACCUGACCCGCUGGCAGGGGGUGGGGGAGGGUUGGUCGGGUCAUAGGUGGUGCAAGUACUUUAGAAUUUGUGUCCCCUUCACCGUGUCCACUGAUCCACGUUGGAAGUCUGCGGCGAUGUUAUUGUAGCAGCCGAAGGUAAACGUUAACGCACAUGAGUUCUUUUUUUUUUUUAACAUGCUGUCCUUUGCACUCAGAUUCGAUGACGUCACACACAGGCCAUCAGGAAGAUUAUGGGGGGGGGGGGGGGGGAUUUACAUUGAAGGCAGCGGAUUAGCGGCCCUGUCACAUAGCGCAGACGAGCAUCAUAACAAAGGCAAAGUUAAAAGCACAGCGGCGAGAACAGCCAUGAGUCAGUUUCGGGCAUUGGCGGGCGUGCUGAGGGCUGGUGGAGGAGGUCCGUGGUGGCGAGGCGGUGGAGGGACCCUGGCCAGGUGCAGACCUCAUCCUUGGAGAACAUGCUCCUCCGAGGCGACACCCUCUCAAGCGGUCACCAGUAGCUCCAACUAUGUGGAGGACAUGUACUUUGCCUGGCUGGAGGAUCAUAAUAAUGUUCAUGAGUCGUGGGACACCCUCUUCCAGAACAUGGAGAAAUCCGGUGCACCUGACGAGGAGGCGGAGAGACGUCCCUCCCCUCUUCUCCAGGGCCGAGUCGCGUCCCAUUCGCCAAAUGUGACGCAGAAAGUGGUGGAGGACCACCUGGCUGUGCAUACGCUCAUCAGAGCUUACCAGAUUCGAGGUCAUCACGUGGCCCAGUUGGACCCUCUGGGCAUCUUGGACACGGAUCUGGACUCGUUUGUUCCGUCUGACCUCAUCACCACCAUUGAUAAAUUAGGUUUCUACGGUCUGCACGAGUCCGACUUGGAUCGCAGCUUCCGUCUACCUCAUACCACCUUCAUUGGCGGUGGAGAGACGACUCUUCCUCUCAGGGAGGUCAUACGUCGACUUGAGGCAUCCUACUGCGGUCACGUGGGGGUGGAAUUCAUGUUCAUCAACAACGUGGAGCAGUGCCAGUGGAUCCGUCAGAAGUUCGAGACUCCCGGAAUCAUGCGCUUCACCAAUGCCGAGAAGAGAACGCUGAUGGCUCGCCUGAUCAGAUCAACGCGGUUUGAGGACUUCCUGGCCAGGAAGUGGUCGUCUGAGAAACGCUUUGGACUGGAAGGUUGCGAAGUCCUCAUCCCGGCACUUAAGACCAUCAUUGACAGCUCCAGCGCUGCCGGCAUAGACAGCGUGAUCAUGGGGAUGCCGCAUCGGGGUCGACUUAACGUCUUGGCCAAUGUGAUCCGCAAAGACUUGAACCAGAUCUUCUGUCAGUUCGACCCCAAAUUAGAGGCUGCGGAUGAAGGUUCCGGAGACGUCAAAUACCACCUCGGGAUGUACCACGAGAGAAUAAAUCGUGGGACGGACAAGAACAUCACUCUGUCCCUCAUGGCCAACCCCUCCCACUUGGAAGCGGUGGAUCCAGUAGUCCAAGGCAAGGCCAAAGCGGAGCAGUUCUACAGGGGAGACGCGUUUGGCAAAAAAGUGAUGUCCAUCUUGAUGCACGGAGACGCCGCUUUCGCUGGCCAAGGUGUCGUGUAUGAAACGUUCCACCUCAGCGAACUCCCCUCUUACACCACACAUGGUACCAUCCAUGUGGUGGUCAACAAUCAGAUCGGCUUCACGACCGACCCCCGGAUGGCCCGCUCCUCCCCUUACCCCACCGACGUGGCUCGAGUGGUCAACGCUCCCAUCUUCCACGUCAACGCCGACGACCCCGAAGCUGUCAUGUACGUGUGCCGCGUGGCCGCCGAGUGGAGGAAUACCUUCAACAAAGAUGUCGUCAUUGACCUGGUGUGUUACAGGCGCUUUGGCCACAAUGAAAUGGACGAGCCCUUGUUCACCCAGCCGCUGAUGUACAAGCGAAUCAGGCGUCAGGAGCACGUGUUGAAGAAGUACUCUGACAAGCUCAUUGGCGAGGGAGUGGUGACGCUGCAGGAAUUUGAGGAGGAAGUGGCCAAAUACGACAAGAUAUGCGAAGAGGCAUACGGCAGCUCCAAGGACGAGAAAAUCUCACAAAUACGACACUGGCUGGACUCACCCUGGCCAAAAUUCUUCACAGCAGAAGGAGAACCUAAGACCAUGAAUUACCCCCCCACAGGACUGGAUGAGGAGGUUUUGCAGCACAUCGGCCAGACCGCCAGCUCUGUGCCUUUGGGAGAUUUUAACAUUCAUCCUGGUUUGUCUCGUAUCCUGCGCAGCCGGGCAAACUUGGUGAGGAACGGUCAGUUGGACUGGGCCUUGGGAGAGUACAUGGCCUUCGGGUCGCUUCUCAAAGACGGCGUCCACGUGCGACUCAGCGGGCAAGACGUCGAAAGGGGAACGUUCAGUCACCGUCAUCAUGUUCUCCAUGAUCAAGAGGUGGACAAACGAAUCUGUGUCCCCAUGAACCACCUGUGGGCCGACCAGGCGCCCUACACUGUCUGCAACAGUUCCUUAUCCGAGUACGGCGUGCUCGGGUUCGAGCUGGGCUUCGCAAUGGCCAGUCCCAACGCCCUGGUCCUGUGGGAGGCGCAGUUUGGAGACUUCCACAACACGGCCCAGUGCAUCAUCGACCAGUUCAUCAGCUCGGGGCAGGCCAAGUGGGUCCGCCACAACGGCAUUGUCCUGCUCCUCCCUCACGGGAUGGAGGGAAUGGGUCCAGAACAUUCCUCAGCACGACCUGAGCGCUUCCUGCAAAUGAGCAAAGAUGACCCGGAUCACUUUCCUGAGUUUGCUGGAGAUUUUGAAGUGCAGCAGCUGUACGAUUGCAACUGGAUCGUGGUUAACUGCUCCACGCCUGCUAACUACUGUCAUGUGCUCAGACGGCAGAUUCUGCUGCCGUUCAGGAAGCCGCUGAUUAUAUUCACGCCUAAAUCUCUGCUGAGGCACACUGACGCCAGGUCCAGUUUUAAUGACCUCGCCAAAGGCACUAAAUUUAAGAGGCUGAUUCCAGACGAAGGCCCGGCGAGUCAAAAUCCAGAUGGGGUGAGAAGGUUGAUCUUCUGCACCGGAAAAGUCUACUAUGAACUGAACAAAGAGAGAAAGCGGCAAAACUUGGAGAAAGACGUCGCCAUCGUCAGACUGGAGCAGAUCUCUCCAUUCCCCUUUGACCUGGUCCGAGCGGAGUUGGAGAAACACAAGCGCGCCGAACUGGUCUGGUGUCAGGAGGAGCACAAGAACACGGGUUACUACAACUACGUCCAGCCUCGCCUGCUCACCGUGGUGGCCAGCAAGAGGCCUGUCUGGUAUGCCGGGCGGGACCCCGCCGCCGCGCCCGCGACGGGGAACAAGUCCACCCACCUGAACGAACUGAAAAAGUUCAUGGACGUGGCUUUCGACCUCAGCGCCUUCCAGGAGAGGAACACUUGAACUGGACGGAAGGUGCGCUUUUAAUUUUAUUAUUAAGUGUUGAAAAUUUACCUGACAUGCUUCACUGUAGAAGUGGAAGUUUUUUAUUAUUUUUUUUUUUUUUAAUGAUGACAGUCUUGGAACAUAUUUUUUCUCUUUGGCGUUUAGAAUCAUUUUGAUGAUAAAUUCGGUUAAUAAAUUUCGGUAAAUACGGUUGGAAGUGCUGUGGUGAUGUUUUCUGAUCAUUCUUGGACUAUCACAGCACAACUUCACUCCGGUUCCAUUUUGAGUUUAUUCUCAGAUCAUAAAGGACAUUUUUUUGUUAUUACGUUGACUUUUUUUUUCCUAAUUGGUCAAAGAUGUUUGACUAUUUUUUAAAAAUCUGUGAUGCAAGUCACCUUUUCUAGAUUUUUUUUUUCUGUACCAGUUCUGAAUCGACCCAUUUUCUGUCGUCACGUCUGGUUUUAAUAAUAAUAAUAAUAAUGAUAACAGGACUACUUUCUCAUAACAUGAUUAUUGAUAUUUUCCACGGUAAAAGAUUUUUGGGGUAAAAUUAUGACUUUCUUCUCACCUCAUUUUGAAUUUAUUCUAGGAACAAUCCAACUUUAUUGUUGUUCAAAUUGUAGUUUAUUUCCAUAAUUUUAACCAUUUUUAUCUUGUGUCAUUUUGUUGUGAAUUUGCGGUGGGUCAAUUCCUGCGAUUCAUUGUUUUGUUGCUGUUUUUUGGGGGGGUUUCCUUUUGUUGUAAAAGUUUGACUCGGUUCCAUUUUGAGUGUGUAUUUUAGAAACAUUUAAGAGUUGUUUUGUUUUUUUUUUGGCCGAUAUUCGGACUUGAUUUCUUGCUGCAUUCAUUUUUGUCACAUCGUCUUUUUUUUUUUUGUAAUGUUACGACUAUUUUUUUUCCACUUGGUCUUUUCUCGCAACACUGCAUCCAAUUUCAUUUAAUCUUUUUUUUUUCUUAUGGGUCAUGACUUUAUUUUCAUUUUUAUCACAUUAUGUAUUGUUUUGGUAACAUGACAAGUUUAUACUCGGUCCACUUGCACUGUCUUCUCAUUGCAUUUGGGUUUUUUUUCUCUUGCAACCGAUUGUCUUUCGUUUCUUUAUUUGUCUUAUUUUUUAGCUUGUUAGCUAAUCUCAUAACAUCACGAUUUUAUUGUUCUCUUAAAUUUUUCGUCACAUUACGUUGUUAUUCUCGUUGAAGUUUCAAUUUACUUUCAUAACAUGACUUUUUUCACUGUUGCUUUUUUUUCCAGAAUUAUUUGCUUGUUCCUGUCACAGUUUCUUUCUGAUUUAGUGUUUUGGAGACUGUAUUUUGGUUUGCAAAACAGUUGUUUGUGGGGUGUUGGUUACAUUUUCGCCAAGAACUUUUUUGUCUUGUCUCAUUUUGAGAUGAUACUUCCAACACCGACUUUAUCGGCCUGACAUCAGGUUGCUUAAUUUUUAAUACUCCUUUGAAGUCAACAGCACCGCUCCCCAGCAGCUGUUUUCUCCAAAGAUAACGGGACGUCUUAUAUUAGGUAAUUAGAACCACUCUUGACAGGCGUCGGUAGUUGUGAGUAUGCGAGCUGUUGGUGAAGAAGAGCCUCUUUAUUGUCACAGCUCGCUUCAUUAGCAGACAUGAGCCAGCUGGCUUUUGGCUUGUUUGCUUUUUUUUGUUUUGUUUUGCUUAUAGGGCUCAUAAGGCGCAAACACAA